AUGUCCUACAUUGUGCCAAUUCACCGUCCCAGCGGGGUACGGCAUGCGAUCAAAUUGAACUUUCUCGAUCCCAAUUCGGAUACGCUGAUUGUUGCGAAAGCAAGCCGUUUAGAGAUCUACGAGCAAGGGACCGAAGGUUUGGGUUUGUUAUACUCGAAGACAGUCUACGGCUACAUUACGAUCCUCGAGAAGCUCCGACCGGCUUCCUCGCAGACAGACCACCUCUUUGUCGGCACUGACCGGUACCACUACUUUACAUGCUCGUGGAACGCGGAGAUCAAGCAAUUACGAACGGAGCAGAGCUAUGUUGAUUUGGCGGAUAAUGUCCUGCGCAACUCGAAGGAGGUGGAUAGAUGCCACAUCGACCCUACAGGGCGAUACAUGACCUUGGAGUUGUAUGAUGGAGUCAUUUCGGUGCUGCCGUUCGUGCAACCCUCAAACAAACGGGUCAAGCGGGAGACGACGACAAAUUCACCAGUAGGGAGUUUGGGCGAACCCGUGCAAGUGAGGGUGGAAGAGUUGUUGACGAGAUCAUCUGCAUUCUUGGAAACGGAUCCAGACACUAGAGAAAACCCGAAGCUGGCGAUUUUGUGGGAAGACAACUUGGAGAACCCGCAGUUGAAACUGCGCGAGCUGAAAUACUACCCUGGCGGCGACCAAGCAACGGCAGAGUUGGAAACAGUUGCCGAAUUACAUGGUGAUCAGUUGGACAAGGGAGUCAGUCAUCUCAUUCCGGUGUCGGCGCCGUACGGGGGAUUUCUGAUCCUUGGAGACCAUGCAAUUCGGUACGUGGACCGCGGGUUGACCAAUGUCAUUACCCAAGCGCUUGAAGACAAUGCGACGAUUUGGACGUGUUGGACCAAGAUCGAUGACCGACGGUGGCUGCUGGCGGAUGAUUUCGGUAGGCUGUUCUUUCUCAUGAUCGAGGUCUCUGGAGGCGAGGUGUCGUCGUGGAGAUUGGAUACUGUGGGUGUCGCGUCCAAGGCCACUUGCUUGGUCUAUCUUGACGAAGGGUAUGUUUUUGUCGGUUCACAUUCUGGUGACUCCCAGGUGGUACAUAUCGAAGAGGAAGGGGUUCGUGUUGUCCAGAGUUUCGCCAACAUUGCCCCGAUCUUGGAUUUCACCAUCAUGGAUCUGGGUAGAGGAGCCGAGGCAGGAGGACAACAAGCCCUUGAGUUCUCGUCUGGUCAAGCAAGAAUCGUGACUGCGUCAGGUGCAUGGCAAGACGGCACCAUUCGCAGCGUGAGGAGUGGCGUGGGGCUGGAAGAACUCGGUACCAUUGGCGAAUUGUCUCAUAUUACAGAUCUCUGGGGAUUGAGUUCGACGGGACAGAGUGAUGUGCAGGAUGUCCUUGUUGUUUCUUUUGUCACUGAAACCCGCGUGUUCAAGUUCGACUCGGAAGCGGCCGUGGAGGAAGUGGACGAGUUCCAUCACCUCGAGUUUUCGCAGCCAACGCUCCUGGCGGCAAAUUUGCCUGAUCGCAAGCUGGCUCAGAUCUACGAGACGGGCUUGCGGAUAACUGAUCUUGAGUCUAAUAUGCUUACACUCGAGUGGAAACCGCCAGACUCGGCGGCCAAGAUCACCGCGGCCUGUGCAAACUCUGUACAUCUGCUCAUGGUCGAAGGCGGCCAUACCCUCCAUGUAUUCCAUGCCAGCAACAACGAAGCAAAGCCGACUGUGUCGAAAUCAUUCCCUCUGGACUCACAGAUAUCUAGUGUGACGGUGGCUGAUUCUCAGAGCAAUGUGUGCAUUGUCUCCUUCUGGCAGACAGCAUCGGUCGCCAUCCUCGACUUACAUUCCCUCGAUACUCUAUACACGCAGACUCUGGGCACGCCGGGGACAGAUAUUCCACGAUCGGUUCUGGUUGCACAUGUCCUUCCUGACGCUCCGCCAACAUUAUUUAUUGCGAUGGCCGACGGCACCGUUUUAUCCUACUCGUUUGAUCUGGCCAAGCAUUCCCUGUCAGGCAUGACGAGGAUAUUACUCGGCACGGAACCGGUCGUUUUCAAGCAGCUACCCAAGGACAAUUCUCCGGACUCAAAUCUGUCCAAUGUCUUUGCGUCGUGUGAGCAACCGUCGCUGAUCUACUCGUCUGAAGGCCGCAUCAUUUAUUCUGCUGUCAAUGCCGAAAGUGCCUCGCGGGUAUGCAACUUCAACUGUGAGGCAUACCCCGAAGCGAUUGCCAUGGCCACGCCGACAGAGCUGAAGUUGGCUUUGAUUGGCAGGGAGAGAACGACUCAACUGCAGACUCUUUCGAUUGGCGAAACUGUGCGUUGUCUCACGUAUGAGCCAACAGCAAAGAUGUUCGCCAUGGGCUGUAUCCGGCGCAUCAUGGAGGGCGGCACUGAAGCUCUACUUAGUUCUGUCAAGAUCGCGGAUGAGGUUAGCUUCAAGGAACUCGAUUCGGUCGAGUUGCAAGACCGUGAACUGGUCGAGUGUAUUGUAUCGACCGGAUCGUUCGACACAGAGGAUGAAUCAAAAGGUUACGGCGACAUGUUUGUUGUCGGGACGAGCAUUUUAGAAGAAGACGACGCUGGAGAGGAGGUGACGAAAGGCCGCAUUUUGGUGUUCGAGGUCAACAAGGAGAAGAAAUUGAAGGCCGUAACGCAGAUCAAGGUCAAAGGUGCAUGUCGAAGUCUGGCCAUGUGUGACGGCAAGAUUGUGGCUGGAUUGGUGAAGACGGUCGUUCUUUAUGGAUUGAUCCCGUCCUCGACAAGAGGAGAGCAUUCUUUGGAACUACAGAAGCUGGCUACAUAUCGAACGUCAACGAACCCGUUGUCAUUAGCCGUGACGCCGGCGACCCAAGACAGCCCGGCACUAAUUGCUGUAGCGGACUUGAUGAAAUCGUUGUCGGUUCUUCAAGUUCUUCCACCAGACUCGUCGAAUUCGGAAUACCGGCUUCAUGAGACGUCGCGCCAUUUCGCCACAUUGUGGUCAUCCGCCACCGCGGUGUUGAGACACGAUGAAUGGGUCGUCGCGGAUAUGGAGGGCAAUUUAAUCACGCUCCGGCAGGGAUCGCUGGACGCAGAGAACAACGGUGCGGUGGCGGCUCGGCGCCGGCUCGAGGUCACGGGCGAGUUCCGCCUUGGAGAGGUGGUUAAUAAGAUUGUGUCGAUUUUGCCGCCUGGGUCGCAGAGACAGUCGGACCAAAAGAUGGUAGAUGUCGGAUUGGACGGUGGGAAGAAGCCUGCCAGAACCGGCCCCCUAGUCACACCUCGCACGUUUCUCGGCACGGUCGAAGGCGCCAUUUACAUGUUGGCGACGAUCAAUCCGGCAUACGUCAAUGUUCUACUUCUUCUGCAGUCCUCGCUGGCCACGCGGGUCCAGGCUCCCGGAUACAUGCCUUGGGCGAAAUAUCGAGCUUGGAAGACGGAAGUUUUGGAAAAGGAUGAACCGUUCCGUGUUGUGGACGGCGAGAUGCUGGAACAGGGACUUGUCGCGCUAGAUGAUCGGGAGUUGGAGGACGUGUUGAGAGAGGCUGGGUUGAUGGAGGAGGCGUUGAAUGUUAGUGUGGAGGAGGUCAGGGGGUGGGCGGAUGAGUUGAGACGGUUGUAUUAG